CCGGGUUUGUGAAAGGCAAUGCAGAAGGGGUGGGAGAGAGGGCAGUCGGACUUCCCUGAUGGCCUCAUUGGUAACACGCUUUCCCCCAAAACACAUGUCGCAAACUCCACCCUCCUGUGCCUUGUGGAGUGAGAAUCUGACUUAAGUAAUACAUGUUAGUACUGUCUUCAUAAGGAGAUCUACUGCUCAGUAGAGGGGAUGUGUUUAAACAUGUGGAAAAUAGCUCUCUCUGUCGUUUUAUUGGGAAAGUUUGGCCAGGCAAUGCUGUCGGAUGCAGGAACAUUUUUAACUACAGCAUCUAAAUAACUUUGGAAACAUCUCGUUUUAGCGGUGUCUAUUUCGCGGGGUAUUUCGUCAAUUGGAAGUAUAAGUUCUUACAAGAAGACAGUGGACAGACAGCCUUCUGGACAUAACAGAGCACAUGACUGUUGGCAAGAAGUAAAAGAUUUCUGUGGACCAAAAGCACCAGCCACCCUUCUCCUCCGUCCACUCCACUCCGGUAUGACUCUCGGCGCAGUGUCCGGAUCCGACAGCUCGUCGGCGGUCAGCGUGUGCUCCUGCUGCGGGGUCAAGAUGGUGCCAUACUUCAGCCAAGAUGCGCUGUUGUCAAACAAUCAGAUCAACCAGCUUAUCAGUGAGAGUUUCCUCACUGUUAAAGGUGCAGCCCUGUUCCUUCCCAGGGGAAAUACCCCCACACCUAACUCUGCACCUUGUAUCAGCCAGCGCAGGAACAAGCACACAGGUGACCUUCAAAAACAUCUUGAGACUAUGUUCACUGUGCUGCGGCCUGAGGACACCAUCAAACUGGCUGUGCGUCUGGAGAGUUCCUCCUUUGAGUUAACGCGCUAUAUGGUGGUCAUCUCAACCAGUGGUAGACAUGACACAGAGGAAAGCAUUGUGCUUGGCAUGGACUUUGUCUCCUCUGAUAGCUUCUGCACAGUGGGUCUGGUUCUACCUCUGUGGAGUGACACAAUGAUUCACUUGGAUGGCGAUGGUGGAUUUAGUGUGUCGACAGUGAACAGGGUUCAUGUUUUCAAGCCAGUGUCUGUCCAAGCCAUGUGGUCAGCCCUCCAGUCUCUCCACAAAGCCUGUGAUGUUGCACGUUGCCAUAACUACUACCCUGGUAGCCUUUUCCUGACCUGGGUCAGCUACUACCAGAGCAGAAUCUCAUCCAACCAAUUCUGCAUUAAUGAGUGGACUGCCAUGCAGGACGUCGAGUCACACCGUGCCAAUUCACCCAUUCUCUUCACAGACCUGCCCACAGAGGGGGAGCGCACAGAAAGGCUCAUCAAGCAGCGCCUCAGAGAGAUCAUGAUGCAGAAAGACCUGGAGAACAUCACCUGUAAGGAGAUCCGAACAGAGCUGGAGAUGCAGAUGGUGUGUAACCUCAGGGAGUUUAAGGAGUUUAUAGAUAAUGAGAUGAUCGUAAUCCUGGGACAAAUGGACAGCCCCACUGAAAUCUUUGAACAUGUCUAUCUGGGUUCUGAGUGGAAUGCCUCUAACCUGGAGGAGCUUCAGAACAGCGGAGUGCACUACAUCCUGAACGUGACCAGGGAAAUAGACAACUUCUUCCCGGGUACGUUUGAGUACCACAACAUUAGAGUUUAUGAUGAAGAGGCCACCAAUCUGUUGGAGUACUGGAACGACACCUACAAGUUCAUUUCCAAAGCCAGGAAAGCUGGUUCAAAGUGUCUGGUUCACUGUAAGAUGGGUAUAAGUCGUUCUGCCUCCACAGUGAUUGCCUAUGCAAUGAAAGAGUACGGCUGGAACCUGGACACUGCUUUAGAGUAUGUGAAAGAAAAACGAGCAGUCACCAAACCAAACCCAGCCUUCAUGAAACAGCUGGAAGAGUACCAGGGCAUUCUGCUGGCCAGCAAACAAAGGCAUAAUAAGCUUUGGCGCUCACACUCUGAUAGUGAUCUAUCAGAAAGCCCAGAGUCACUGUGUAAACCCACCUCUCGCUGUCCGGGUCACCCUGACUCUCACAACAACAACUCUUCCUCGCCCUCCUUGCCUAACUUCCUGGGUGUGGCUGUGUUGCAAGCGCCUGAAGUCUUUACCAAAUCAAACCCUUCUCACACCCCUGACUCACACACAGAUUCAACGUGUGUGUUUGACUCACCACAUCGGGAUGAAACGGGAACCAACUGUGGAGAAACCCUCCUGUUUCCUCUGCCCGACCCACAAGCAGCCACUGUAGUCCCAGAGGAGAACCUGGACAAUCCAGCAAGUGUUGCUGUAUCUGUGUCUCCACCAUCACUCCACACCUCACCUACAACUCCUGGACUCCCUUCUCACCAGGGUCGGCCUACAGAACUGUCUUUGACACUGCCCCAACACAAAACAGUGACUGAGCAAAGCAGCUCAGAUGAAACCUCUGGUGUCACUCUGGAAUCCACUGACUCAGACAUUAUAGACCAAUCAAAUGUAAUGACUGACAAACAAAGCCCAAUCAGCCCUGAAAGCAUCUCCUCCUCCUCCUCAGGUUCUUCCUUUUUUCCUAGAGACAACAACAACAAUACGAGUGAGUUACAGACAGGCAGUGAGUUGUACACUGCAGAGGAGUUUUCCCAACACAAUACGGACAACAUUAACUUCUUCAGUGCCAGGGAAAAGUUUCAGUGCCUGGCCAAAUAUGUCAGAUCCAGGACACUUUCUGAGCACACACAACAAAGAAUACCUCCAUCACUCAAGGAAAAUGGAGUAACUGAGACGGAGGAAGAGGAGGAGGAGGAGCUGGGAAACCGGAUGAGUCAGACAUCUGCACAGUCUGAAGACAGCAUUGACAAAGACAUCUCUGACCCAACUCGUCUGCCUCACCAUGACAACGGCGUAUCAGUCCGCCAUAUUGUCACUGAGAUUGAAGCCAUAUGCCACCCUGCCUGUUACCUCCCUGCUCCCUCCUCUUCAUCCUCCCAGAGCCCUCAGCUACGACCAGGAAACCAGAUGGAAGCAGAGACUUCUGAAAUCACCAAAAACUCUUUAACCCCCCCUUCACAACCCCAGGCUCCCUCAGUGCUGCCAUGUGAUUGGCCGGCAGGCUCGGUGCGGCGAGCGACCGAGCAGCUCGAACAGAAGCUGAAGCAGGAAACAGAGAUUGCUGUUUCUCAGCGAUCUCCGUUUGAUUCUCCCGGCGUCGAGCACACACUUGUCAGACUGUUCCUGAGUUCAGAGAAUCCUCCCCCCUGCUUCCCUCAGCACUCGAUAGAAAAAACGACAUCUGACGGAGAGGACACCGCUGAAUAUGUUGAACGCAAAGACGGAGAGAGAGAAACAGAGAUACACACAGAGAUUCAAAGUCCUGACUCCUCAAUCAAAGACCCUUCAUACUCCCCUAUCUCAGAUAUCAGCAAAAUGUUUGGUGCUUUACCCCAGCCAGAAGAAUUCACCAAAAAUACCUCAGCCCAGUCCCAAAGACGUAGCAGGCUCCACAGCCGAAACCAGCAGGCUGAGCCCAAUCCUCAGGCCUGUUCAUACCUGGUCACUCUGGAUGUGAUGACAGUUGAGAAGCUUGACUCCAGUUCCCAGGGCGGGCAGGGGGCAUUGGGCCCUGGUUACAAAAGCUACAACAGUCUGUCCUGUGGCAGCCAAGAGCUUGAACUGAUUCAGCAGACACUCAGAGAGCUGCAGGCGUUCCUCCAUGUGGGGGUCAGUGUGGAGACAACAGACAGUCCAGAAGAGAAAGUGGGAAAUGUAAUAGACACUGAGCCUGGACUCUGUAAAGGGGCAAGUUCUGAGCAGAAUCCUCCAGGCCUGCAUGUCAGGCAGUGUCAUAGGGAGAGACGUGAGCGAGGGAGUGUCCUGGAGCCGACAGGGUGGUACAGAGCUGUGGAGCUAGAAGCUCAUAUCCGUCAUGCCGGCCUCACAGCCCCUUCUUUAAUGAAGAGGUCAGCUUCCUUGGCUAAACUGGACUGUCUGGAGCUGUCAGACGAUGACCUCAGUGACUUGGAGCUGAGGUCACUCAUCAGUACCACAUCCUCCCCCUCCAAAGACUCUCUCCCCUUCUCCCCCUCUCACCCUGACGACACCUGGAAGAAGCAGAAAGUGUUGGCUCAAAACACUUUGUCCCACACAGGCAGGGAUCUGGAUGACUUAUCCUCCUCACCAUCCUCCUGCUUACCUUCCACUACUCAUCCAAACGAUGACACCGGUAGGAGGGAGGAGCAAGCUAGUAGUGAAAGUGUGUCAGUGACUUCCACACGUACGCAGGGGAGGGGACACUCAUUGAGACGUUGUCUCAAAGCGUCUGCUGAAAGAAAGCAGCGACCUGUCACUGUGCUGUACAACACCAUGUGACCUCAGUGUGGCUGCAUCACACUUCAGCAUGAUGUGUGUGAAUGUGUAGCCUUGUGAAACACAUCAUACAGUUAGUGAGAGUUGAAUAAAGAAAUGUUUGCAUGAACAUCACCGUUCAGUUGAGGUUUUAAUGUACAGUCAUGAAAUAUGUAUUUUUAAUCUAAGAUUGAACUGAUGCAUAGUAUUCUCAGAUGAGGCUGUUUUUAGGAUGUUUGUUUUUUAGUCCUUUUUUUAAUUGUUCUCAAAACAUGCACUUUACCAGUUUGAUACAGUAAUCUUCUUUAUGUGAAAUCUGUUUCUUAUCCAGGUGGAUUUAUUUGCACUGAUCACAUUACUCUUGUUUGUGUUUGUUUCUGUUUCCAAAGAAGACAGCCAUUUCAUUAUUGAGAUUUUUAAUCAAAGCAGAGCAAAUUGAUAUCUUUUUAUUAUUCUGUGCUUUGGCAGUUAAUUAAAAAACUGUGAGUAUGUUUUAA